UAAACAUUGUUAUUCUUGUGAGGAUAAAAAUAAUAUACAAUAUUUAUGGAUUUGUAAAACAUUAAUGUCUAUAUUCUUGCUAUUUUCUUGGUAUAUAACAAACAAUAGUUUGUGUUUUUCCGUUGACAUUUAUUGCUUUCGAAAAAUAUGGCAAAGGAUGGGAAAGGUAAAGUGAAAACUUGGAGAAAUUUCUGCAAUGAAACAACAUUUCAUGGAAUUAAAAAUAUUUUUGCUAAAGAAUCCUCACUGUUUCGACGAAUUGGAUGGAUUCUUAUUGUGUUUGGAGCAAUCUUUCUCUUCAUUUUUCAAGUGGUUAAACGAGGUUUAGACUACAGCAAAAAAGAGGUAACAGAUAGUGUUCAAGUGAUAUAUGCAAAGAGUCUGCAAUUUCCAUCAGUUACAGUAUGCAAUCAAAACCAGUUCAGGAUGAAAAGUACUGUAGAAUUGGAAGUGUAUAAAUACUUUAACAACCUUUAUAACACUAAUACUAAUGGAACUGCUUCGCACAAUCAAUACUUACCAAGGAACAUGAAUGACGAUGCCAAAUAUGUUUACAACUAUAUUGGACACCAACAAUCUGAUUUCCUAUUCAACUGCCAUUGGAAUGGUAAAGAAUGUCCAUCUCAAUAUAUCGCACAAACUAUUACUGAAUUUGGUAUAUGUUUUACAUUCAAUUCUCCUCGCUCAAGUUAUCCACUUCAACCUGUAACUGUUACCGAACCUGGAAUGGAAAAAAGUCUCUCAUUCCUCGUCAACAUUGAACAGUACGAGCAUAUGCCAGGACCUCGUAAUGAUGCUGGAGUUAAGAUAUUGUUGCAUGAUGAUUUUAAAAAGCCACUCAUGUCUAAUCUCGGUUUUGCGGUAGCCCCAGGAAUGCACACGCUGGUUGGUAUCAAGCGAAUUGAAUCGCAAAAUCUUGGUGAACCUUAUGGAGAUUGUGUCAAUUCGAAGUAUAAAUCUCAUGCCGAAUGCAUAGAUCAUUGUCAGUUAAAAGCAGUUGCAACAAUAUGUAAAUGUAUUCCAUUCAUAGCAACUGCAAUCCUGCAAAGUACAAACGAUUACAAUAGAAAAUGUUCUUUAUCCGAGAAUCACGGAUGUAUUAGAAGAUCACUAGAGAAAUUAAAGAGUAAUGAGAACAAUUGUUCUUGUCACGUUCCGUGUCAUCAAAUUGUUUAUGAACCAAAUCUUUCAUUUUCAGCUAUAUCUGGAUUUACGGUUAAUAAAUUAAUACUAAAGGACUCGGAAAGAAUGUUAAAGUUGAGAGAAAAAUAUCUACAAGUAUUAGAAAUAGGUGAGAAGAAUAGUAAAGAACUUUUUGAUCUAAACAAACAAUACAUUACUGCAUUUACGAAAGGAAUGCGUCCAUUUUUUCUAAAGUUCAUAAAUACUUUUGACGCAUUCGAGAUAAAUAAAACGGGCGAUGGAGAAUCAUUUGUAUCAAGAAUAUUGGCAAAAAUACGAAAUGAUUGCACAGAUAUCUUGCAUAACGUUGAAUUAAUGGAAACAGCUCUACAGUCACCUAAAAUUGUACACGUUUACAAAAGUUUCACCUAUUUAAUGCAAGUUGAAAAUCAUUUUAAGGGACAAUUGUUUGGCCCAUCUCCAGUAAAUGAGAAUAGAAUUCUCGAUGAUUUCCAUAGUUGUACGGAUAAUGUCAACAAAACGAAUGGAACUUGGAGAGGUUGCGAUGAUUUUAUGCAACAUUUUCAAUUUAGUUCUUUUAAAGUAGAGGAGGAAAAUUUUCACCAAUUUUGGGAUAAAGCUAUCAAAUCAGUACAGAAUUUAAUUCAUCAUUUGAAAUCUGUACAGAAUUUACAAAAUUAUCACAUAGAUGAAAUUGAGAGAAUUUUUGGACUAGAUAUAAAUGAUACAAGAUUACCAUUUAUGGAAUAUUGCAAUCCAAUCUACAAUGAUCUAAUUACUCUAAGAGAAAAUGAUACUGAUGUUGAUACAAACGCUAAAAUUAGAUUUGUCCUGCAAACAUAUUUUAGAAUAGAGAAAAUUUUGAAUAAUGAAAAUUUUCAAUCUUAUUGUUUAUUGAAUAGAAAGAAAGAGUUUUUUCAAAGAAUAUAUCGAUCAAUUGAAGAUAUUGCAAGAUAUGGUGUAUCUAUUCAUUGGUAUAUCAAAGGUGUUCAGAGAAAUAUAGAAAAAAUUACUAAAAUUCAUCUAGAUGCUAUCGAAAAAAUUCUAAUGUUUGAAUCUUAUUUAGAAGUGAAUUCUUCAGUAAAGAAACAAAAUUUAUCCGAUCCUCUACUGUUGGAAGAUUUUCUCAAGGAUUUAAGGAGUUUGAUAGGUUUUAGCGAAAAUAUGCCAUUAGAAUACAGAACAUUUAUUGGCAGAAUUGACGAAUUUGCUACAUUAUUUUUUUUUUUGGAAGAGAGAUUUCUAUCCUUAAGAUGGCCUUUUCCUAAAAAUGAUGCACAAAAUAAGACAAUCAAAUAUAAAGAUAUAAAUCAGUUCUAUACCAUAUACAAUGAAAUGAAAGUCAAAUAUGACAUUUAUUUCUCUUGUUCAAAAGAUGAUUUACAACAGAUAAAAGAUUGGUACAGGUGUGUUAUGAUCAUGGGAAAUGCAGUGGCUAAACAUACCCUUGACUAUCCUAUAUCUUUCAAUCAGAAACUCAGUGAUAUUCUCUCUAAGUACAACGAUCUUCAGGAAUUUAUGUAUACAUUUCAUAGAAAUUCUUUUAUAAAUAAAGAAUUUCUCUUAAAAAAUUUUGCAAAAGUGGAUAUUUUUUACAAAGAAAUGAAUUUCCAAAGAAUUAUUCAACAUGAGAAAUUUGGUUUUUUAUCUUUCUUAUCAGAAAUUGGUGGAUUUUUGGGUCUAGUUUUAGGUGCUUCCGUUAUAACCUUGUUUGAAUUUCUUGAUUUUUUUGCUUACAAGAUUUCAUAUUCAUUGUCUGCAAAAAUGAGAUAAAAAAUGUAGAAUUUUAAGGAAACCUUUUGGCUUUUUUUCUUAACAGAAUGACUGGAUUUUUUUGGUUAUGACCUGACAAUUAGAUGUUUCGAAUUAUCAAUGCAAACUAAGGUCUUUAGCCAUCAAUUAUAGAUGACAAAUUACUAUUCAAGGCUUUGAAUUACAAUAGAAUUCUAUAGAAUUUAGUUAUAAAUUGUUCCUCUCACACAAUCUCUGUACCAUAAUUCUUGAAUCAUAUAUUCUCCUAACAUAUUCCUUGAUGUUUUUAGCCUAAUAAAGCCAAAGAUAUGAUAUAAUUAUAGACAUAAUGGAUGCUAAUCUUAUUAAAUAAUACAAUAGUAUUGGCAGAGGUGAAGUUUAUAAUGGUAAGUAGAAGGCUAGAAAAUUUAUUGCCUCUGUUCAGUUUAUGGGUAAUCGUUGCUUGGCAACAGCUAACUCAUCUAUCUCCCAACUAGUUUGUCAAUACUAAAGUAUUAGUGAUGGAGCUAAAUUUGCAAACAUUACUUUUGAACAAAUUGACUGAAUCGAAGAUUUGUUGAUUUUCAGUAAAAGAAAUCUCUUGAAGCUUCAAUUAAACCAAACUAAGUCAGCACUAUACCUGAACAUAAUCUAAUACUAAAUAAGCCUAGAGAAUGAUUUGAAAGAAUGAAAAUGCUAAAAUUUCAAAAUAAGUAAAUUAAAUGUUAUUGUUAAAGGUUUUAAAAAAUCAAUUAAUCUACUUCCCCUCCUCUAUAGGGAAGAAAAUUUCAGCUAAGCUAAAGAUAGAGAAAUAUCUAAUAAAGUAAAAAUUUUUUAUUAAUAUCUAUUGAUUUGGUGGCAAACAAUCAUUUUAUUAUUUAAUUAGCAAUUUUUCUGCCAUUUUCACUAUUUGAUAUUGAUACCAAAUCUCUCAUAAAAAUCAUCAAAAGAUGUUUGUAAAUUUAUUGUAUUGAUUCAAGACCUUGGUUCAUCAUUCGGUGGAUUUAUUGGUUUUCAUAAUAUUCAUGUAAAAUUUUUGGCCAUUUUUAGACUUUUGUAUUCAUAUCUGGACAGCUAACUAAAUAUUUAAUUUAAUGUGUUUUUAGAAGACAAAAAACAAAAAGUGC